AUGGCAGAAACAGUUACAAUCAAAUUCCCAACAGGGGAAAGUUAUAAACAACCAACUGGUAUCUUUAUCAACAAUAAAUUUCAACCAGCUCGUUCUGGUGAUACUUCAGAAGUUGUGAAUCCUGCUACUGAAGAAGUCAUUACAAAAGUUGCCAAAGGUAAUAAAGAUGAUGUGAAUGAAGCUGUUGAUGCUGCCGAAAAAGCAUUUGAAACUUGGUCUCAAACCGCUCCUUAUGAAAGAUCUUUAAAAUUGUUAAAAUUGGCUGAUUUAAUUGAACAAAAUGCUGAUACUAUUGCUAAAAUUGAGACACUAAAUAAUGGUAAAGCUCUAAUCUGGGCUAAAUCAGAUGUCCAACUAUUAAUCAGAUGUUUUAGAUCAACAGCUGGUGCUUAUGAUAAAAUUGAAGGUCGUACCAUUGACACUCAAGAUGGUUAUUUCACCUAUACGAAAAAAGAACCAUUAGGUGUUUGUGGUCAAAUCAUUCCAUGGAAUUUCCCAAUCUUGAUGUGGGCUUGGAAAAUUGGUCCAGCUGUUAUUACUGGUAAUACAGUUGUUUUGAAACCUGCAAGUGCAACUCCUCUAAGCGCUUUGUUUUGCUCACAAUUGAUUGCUGAUGCAGGAUUCCCUCCAGGUGUCAUUAAUACUUUGAUUGGUUCUGGUAGAGAUGCUGGUGAUACCAUGUUGAGACAUCCAAAGAUUAGAAAGACUGCAUUCACUGGUUCUACAGCUAUUGGUCGUGAAAUUUUAAUUUCCUCUGGUGAAUCAAACUUGAAAAAAAUUAGUGUUGAAUUGGGUGGUAAAUCUCCAAACAUUGUCUUCAAUGACGUGGAGGAUCGUAUUGAUGAAGUUGUUGAUGCUUUAAUUAUGGGUAUCUUUUAUAACAAUGGUGAAGUUUGUUGUGCAGGUUCAAGAAUUUAUAUCCAAAGUGGUAUUUAUGAUAAAGUUGUGAAAAAAUUGAAGGAAAAGACUGAAGCUAUUAAAGUUGGUGAUCCUUUUGAAGAAGGUGUUUUCCAUGGUGCUCAAGCUUUAAAAUCACAAUUUGAUACUGUUUUAGAAUACAUUGAAAAAGGUAAAAAAGAAGGUGCAAAACUUCUAACUGGUGGUGAAAGAGUUGGUAAUAAAGGUUUCUUCAUUCAACCAACAAUCUUUGAAACUUCAAGUGAAGACUACUCAAUUGUCAAGGAAGAAAUCUUUGGUCCUGUUGCAACUAUUGGUAAAUUUACAACCGCUGACGAAGCUAUCAAAAAAGCCAACGAUUCUGAAUAUGGUUUAGCCUCUGGUGUCCAUACUAAUGAUUUACAUGUUGCUUUGGAAGUUUCUAAUCGUUUACAGGCUGGUACAGUUUGGGUUAACACUUACAAUGACUUACAAGAAUCAACUCCAUUUGGUGGUUACAAACAAAGUGGGUUUGGUAGAGAAAUGGGUAUUGAAGUUUUUGAUAACUAUACUCAAGUCAAAGCUGUUCGUAUGAAAUACCAUCACAAGACUGCUUUGUCUGAAGGUAAAAAAUAA